AUGGAGCCAUUCAGACUCACUGCUUCUCAAGCCCGCAAUGAGAUUCGCUCGGGUAGUUUGACUGUCGAGCAGUAUGCUCAGUCUUUACUUUCUAGAAUCAGUGAACGAGAUUCUAUAGUCAAAGGAUGGGCUCAUUUCAACUCCGAUUUGGUGAUCGAGCAAGCUAAAAUCUUGGACCGCAUUGCCCCAGAAAACCGAGGCCCAUUGCAUGGAGUAGCUAUUGCUGUAAAGGAUGUCAUAUACACUAAAGAUAUGCCUACGCAACAUAACUCUCCGCUUUACGUUGGAAGUCAUCCCGAGGUUGACGCUGCAUCAGUUCAAAUUUUGCGUCAAGCUGGUGCAUUGAUAUUGGGUAAGACCACUACUACCGAAUUUGCAGCAACUCUCAAGGGCCCAGCCACCUGCAACCCACAUGAUCCUACACGUACUCCUGGGGGUUCCUCGAGUGGAUCUGGUGCAGUAGUUGGCGACUUCCAGGCACCUAUCGGUCUUGGAACACAGACUGGUGGAAGCACCAUUCGCCCAGGCUCCUUCAAUGGAAUUUAUGCAAUGAAGCCAACGUGGAACUCCAUUAGCCGGGAGGGUCAGAAAAUAUAUUCCCUUAUCCUCGACACUUUGGGUCUCUACGCACGCUCCAUUGAGGACCUCCAGCUUCUUGCGGAUGUGUUCCACCUAGAAGAUGACGAUGUACCCGAUGAAAAUUUCGAUAUAGCCAAGGCCAAGUUUGCUGUUUGCAAGACCAUGAUGUGGUCAUCUGCGGGACCGGGCACCGAAGCUGCUAUGAGUAAAGCUGUGCAACUGCUGAGAGAUCAUGGAGCCGAGGUAGAGGAGAUUGAGUUUUCUCCAGAGCUUCAGAAACUUCCCGAGUGGCAUUUGACCAUUAUGCACGGGGAUGGUAGAGCUGCAUUUCUUCCAGAUUAUGUAGUAAAUAAGCAGGACAUGAACGAGCUGCUUGUGGACCACGUUGAAGAUGUAUGGAAGAUCUCACACGCUGACUUCCUAGAGGCCUUUGAUAAUAUUGGCGCAGCCCGGCCCAAGGUGGACAAAAUGCUCGGCGGCUAUGCUGCAGUCUUAGUUCCCAGCAUCCCAGAUGAAGCUCCCGUAGGCCAAGAUUCUACGGGCAGUGCUGUUUUUAACUGUAUUUGGACGGCUCUUCAUACCCCAGUCGUCAAUAUGCCGGGCUUCAAGGGACCCAAUGGACUGCCAGUGGGAGUAUCUCUCGUGGCGCCUCGAUAUCGAGACCGUCAUUUGUUAACAGUUUGCGAAGCAGUCGGACGUAUCUUUGAGUCUGAGGGUGGGUGGAAGUCACAACUUUAG